UUGAACGUUUUCAUCGGCGUUUCUGCCUUCACAUCAAUUUCAGAGGCGACCCGGUCGGAUACAUCUGUUCAAUUUAAACAGCUGUUUUUGGGGAUAAUGGGCUGAGUUAUGCGCUGUUUUACGACUCUGUCAGUGGAAGGAAGCCCUGUUGAUUCUGAGUGCUUAUAGUGGAUGCAGCGCGUGGUUUUUGGAGAGAUGUCUGCCGCAGAAGCAGCGCACAGCCCGGACAGACUCAAUCAGUUUGAGAGGCUGACUGGAAGGCCCCCGCUAAGAGCUGCAGGCUCUAAGAAGAGAGUUUGCUGGCUACAAGCUCGAAGAAUCCUGAGCCAACCCUGCCCCAGUCUACGGAUCCCUAACAGGUUUUUAAGAGAAGGUCACAGAGCCCCCCCGGCCCGGAGCGGACAUCGCUGCGUAGCUGACAACACCAACCUUUAUGUGUUUGGAGGCUACAACCCUGACUACGACGAAUCGGGAGGUUCAGAAAAUGAAGAUUACCCGCUGUUCAGAGAGCUGUGGAGGUUCCACUUUGCCACUGGGACGUGGCAACAGAUUCGCACAGAGGGGUUCAUGCCCACUGAACUGGCCUCCAUGUCAGCUGUUUUGCAUGGAAACAACCUGCUCGUGUUUGGUGGGACGGGAAUCCCGUUCGGUGAAAACAACGGAAACGAUGUUCAUGUAUGCAACGUUAAAUACAAACGAUGGUCUCUACUCAACUGUAGGGGCAAGAAACCUAAUCGAAUAUAUGGACAGGCCAUGGCCAUCAUCAAUGGCUUCUUGUACGUAUUUGGAGGUACAACAGGCUACAUUUAUAGCACCGAUCUCCACAGAUUGGAUCUGACGACACGCGAGUGGAUUCAUCUAAAACCUAACAAUCCUCCAGAUGAUCUGCCUGAGGAGCGAUAUAGACAUGAAAUAGCUCAUGAUGGGCAGAGGAUUUAUAUUCUUGGUGGUGGAACGUCCUGGACUUCAUACCCUUUAGACAAGAUACACGCGUAUAACCUCGAAACAAAUUCGUGGGAGGAAAUCACGACGAAACCUCAUGAUAGAAUAGGAUACCCUGCCCCUCGGCGAUGUCAUAGUUGUGUGCAGAUUAAACAUGAUGUAUUUAUAUGUGGAGGUUAUAAUGGUGAACUAAUACUGGAUGACCUGUGGAAGAUCAACCUGCAGACGUUCCAGUGGAGUAAACUACCUGCAGUGAUGCCUGAACCUGCAUACUUCCACUGUGCUGCUGUUACCCCGGCUGGCUGCAUGUACAUUCACGGCGGGGUGGUGAACAUCCACGAGAAUAAACGGACUGGUUCCUUGUUUAAGAUCUGGUUGGUGGUGCCUAGCCUGCUGGAGCUGUGUUGGGAGCGUCUACUCAAAGCCUUCCCACACCUGGCCCAACUUACCCCAAUACAGCUGCUAAAUUUGGGCCUUACCCAGGAACUCAUUGAACGCUUGAAAUGAAGAAGAGAGGAUGCGAGAGACUGAUUGUGUACGUACCGUUCGUGUACUUUUUUAUUAUUUUCAAGCUGAUCACAGGAAGGACGACGACGCUUGAGCCAACGCAUGGACAUAGAGAACACAACCCCAUCGUACUUCUGCAGGUGUCCUAAAACAGCCCGCCUUAAAACCAAAAACUAUAGGAUGCCUUUUGAGUUGUUUUGUUUGUUUUGCGUAUGCACCUUUUAAUUAUUUGAAAAACAAUCCAAAACAUAAAUAUAUCCAGUAGAGAGGAGGUUCUUCUCAAACACUAUUGGUCAGUGACCUGAAUUUGUUUUGUCUUGAGAUUGUAAUAUUGUUAUUUAUUGGCCUUCGGUAGUUGUCGUGUUGUUUUUACUGAUGUAUCUUAAUUCUGUUUCUUUCCUCUUCUGUCAAGGAAUUAUUUAAGUUUUAUCAAUCUCCACACUUAUUUAAUUGGCAGUGAUGUAAGUUGGGGUUAUUGAGGUUCAAUUUCUUGUUAACUCUACAGUUCACUACUGACCGGACUUAUGCAGAACUGUCGAUGCCUGGGAUCGGGUUUAAGGUUUUUACUUGUUGUAAAUCAGUGCUGAGUAAGUGUUAAAGACUUGCGACAACCUGUUGAUAACGAAUGUUGGGUGCGAAUGUUGAAUUGUGUCUCAGUUCUUCCUCAGAUGCCACAGUUCAGAUUUGCAGAAACAUCUGCGUGUUAGGCACAACCACAGACCAAGUAAUGUUUAAACAAAGCUGUACAAAGUCAUAGCAAACUGUUUCCAUGUUCUUGUCACCCAAGUUUUGUAAACCAAUCCCUACAUCACUGUGAACAAGGUGCUCCUAAAUUUUCUUUUAAUGCUUUUACUGAAAUAAAAUCUAAUGUUUAUUUUUCUGUAAACCAAUCAUCCAUCUUCUAAAUAUUUAAUUAUAUUUGACAUUCAAGCCAAUGGCAUGCAGAGACUCAUUUUAAUUGAUCUAGUGCCUUUCCAAGAAAGACCUGAUAAUGUGCUAAAUUUAACACCAAGCCUUGCUAAUCGCACUUUAUUUUAAUUAAAAUUCUACUUCUGGACACGCUGAAUUUACAGAAACGUUGAAAAAGAAAUGUGCGCACAUCAUUUAUAGCUUUCUAGCACUUGAUAAAUAUAUUCGAAAUAUUAAACAAUCAACAAAGAAUUGUUCUAAAUACCAUGCCUGGUCAGCACAAUGCUAAUAAUACUGCAAAUCUUUUGGGCCUAUUUAUAUCUGUACAGUUUAAAGGAAAAACAUCAUUUAGCAAUAAUGUAGCCGAGCAUCUUUUUACUAUGCUGACCUGUCAAAGCUCUGAAUUUUAAAAAAAAAUCGCCGGUUUAAAGGCCGAAUAAAGCAUCAUGAAUUCAGAGGUAACGCAUAUUGCUAUGUUGAAUGACCUAAUCCAUUAUACACUUCAAUCAACUGAAAUAUUCACAUUUUGUAGCGUUUAACUAUUGUUGGACACCAGCAAAUGAUUAAGUUCAUUGCUAUUUCACACCCUACAAGACAGAUACUGAUAGACAGCUCCGUUUGUCUUUCCAAGGUAGUCUUGCAUUAGAGCAAGGUCACAUCCAUGCCCAUAAUACUACUCGCUGCCAUUUUGUGCAUGUCUGGAUCACUGUUUGCAUGGGUCAUGACUAAAGGUGCUUGUUAUACAGGCAAUGUGCAGACCAUGGCAACAUUUUCAGAAUCGUUUUAUCCAUACAGUGGUAUAUUUCACAUGGAGUCAUACUAUAUUUCUUCAUGUUUUUGGAUGGGGGGUCUCCCUGGACUUUAGUUGCCAAGCCAUGCAGCAAAUGUUCAAGGUAUUCGGCAGGUUCCUACAACUUGUGUUCCAGUUUUGUGUUUAU